AGUCCUUCUUUGCCGUGUCAUCCAACUUCCGGUAAGUUUAUCUGUUGUUCUUGGUCGACAUUGUCCCACAAAAGUGAAAGUUUGUCAAAUAUGUCGCCAUCCGCCUAAAACAGUCAUGUAUUGUGCCAUAAACAGUGCUAGUUAGCAGAUUGCACUACUGACUCACUAAUACUGGAGGUUCAACUAGAACAAGUUGAACAAGUGCAAUUGCAAGCAAAGCUACAAAAGCUAGUUUUGUGCAGUGGAGGUAUUUUUGUGCUUGAGAAUAUUAUUAGUCCGUCUGGUGAACAGGAAUAGUGAACAUAUUGGAGGAAGUUCAUGACUUGAAUUUUCACUCCCUUCCUUCGCACAUUUUGAAUAAGUCAUGGCAGUUUAUGGGGAUUGGGUAGAUGCCUUGGGGGAGCGCAUAGGGGCACCAGGUGCUGCCCUUCGCCUUCUUAUCUCCUUACUAAUGGCUUACCCAAUGGCAUUUUUUCAUCGAAAGUUCAUGUAUGGAAAGUAUCAUAAUUUACAACACAUUUUAUUCAUCUUGUGUGGAUCGUAUAUUGGAUACUUCAAUUAUGGUUGGCAGCUAAUGCAUGCAUAUGUCUGCAUACUCAUCCAAUACGUUGUGGUUUGGGUUUCCCGUGGAACAUUGUUUUCGGUAGUAUUUGCCUUUGUGUUUCAAAUGGGGUAUUUAUUGGCAGAAUAUUAUCUUACGGAAAGUGAAAAGUACGACAUCAAAUGGACAAUUCCUCACUGUGUGCUGACUCUAAGAUUAAUUGGGCAAGCCUUUGACGUAUACGAUGGCCACCGUGAUUUCGAUGACCUAUCUAAAGACCAAAAACAGCAAGCUCUUAAGACAAUGCCUUCGCUACUUGCGUCCGCUGCACAUAUAUUCUACCCGGGUAGUUUCAUGAUCGGUCCGCAAUAUCCGAUGAAAAGAUAUUUGGAUUUCGUCGAAGGAAAAUUUAGUGAGAACGGAAAGCCUUUUGAUAGCAUUGGACCGGCAAUGAAAAGACUCGCUCUUGGAUUGUUCUAUGUGGGCAUAUUCCAGAUUGGGAAUAUUUAUGUAAAUUCCGAACUCUUGUUCUCUUCAACUUUCAAGAAUCUCAACUUCAUUAUGAAAAUGCUGGUCGUGGGAAUUUAUGGGAAAAUUGUGCUUUACAAGUACGUAAGCUGCUGGAUUGUUGCAGAGGGAAGUUGCAUAUAUUCAGGAAUCUCGUAUAACGGGAAGAAUGACAAAGGUGUCAUACAAUGGACUGGCUGUGAAAACAUUGACAUAUAUUUGUUUGAAAAGUCAUACAAAUUUGGUCAUAUGGUUGGAUCAUUCAACAAAUGCACAAAUACCUGGGUUGCUCAAAAUGUGUACAAACGGUUAAAAUUCUUGGGGAAUCGACAAAUCUCUCAAACUGCAGCAUUAGUAUUUUUGGCCGUGUGGCAUGGAUUACACAGUGGGUACUAUGUAUGCUUCUUUAUGGAGUUCCUCAUUAUGAAUGCUGAGAAACAGUUUGAAUCUAUAAUUACUAAAAAUUCUGCUCUAAUGAGAUGGCAUAAUAGCACUAUUGGAUUUUGGAUCAACGUUGUUAUACUCAAAACAUUCGUCAUGUGCUAUUUUGGUUUCUGCAUGGUUCCUUUCACCUUAUUGAAGUAUCGACAGUGGGGACCCAUAUAUAAAGAUCUUUACUACAGUGGUUUACUAAUCUUUGGAGCAUUUCCAGCAUAUGCACCAAUAAUCAAGUGGCUUGUAAAAGAUGGAGGAAGCAAACCACCGCGACGCACCGAAGGAGGGUUGGAGAAUGGAUCUGGGCCAUCUAAUACGAUUCCUCAAGAAAAAGCAAGCGUAAAAUCUGAAUGAUUGAAUGAAAAAGAAACUACUAAUAAUAAGACAAUGCAAUUAGAACUUAAUUUGAUUGUUAGACUGACUGUUAUAGCGCCCUACUCUGGGCUGAUACAAAGAAUAUGAACGUAGGAAAUAGUAAGAAUCAAACACGACAUAGGUUUAUUGGUACAUAGAAUAAGUAUUUGCCUGUUGACGCUGUCCUAGAGUUUAAGGUGCCUUGAAUUGAAUUAAAUGUGACUUAGAUUUUAGGUGAAAUCAAGUGUCACGAACCUAUUUAGGCUUGAUACAGGAAUGUUAUAUGAUGGGUAGUGUUGAUUAGAAAUAAUCUGCUCCUCAAAGAUUUUUAAUUCAAUAUCGAGAUAGCAGUCUUGGUUAUUAUAAGUUUACAAUAGGAAAUAAUAUAUUCACGACUAACCGAGUAUAACAGAGUAAAAAUAAUAAAUGUUAAGUAGCUUCAUGUUCGUUAGGAGAUGAAGAGAAAUGUGAAUGGACAUCAAAGUGUCUACAGAUCUCAGACCAUUAUUGCAUCAUAUAGCUUGGACAAACAGUCCAAAGCUUCUUUGUUUAUUAGACAUGUUAAUUUCGACAAUUAUGUUAGCAGUUUGCAAUAAACUUGAAUCAAAAUAAUAUGCCCUAGUCAAAUGCAGAAAUAUCUACGAAAGUACCACGUGUUUACGUUGCAGCUAUAUUAUUUAGUUUAAUUCGUAUUUGCGUAUUGUGCACAGACUAAAUACGAAGUCAAAAUACUUUUACAAUUAUAACUUAUUCAGGAUGACUCUGCUACCUCGCCAGUUAAAUCGUUUGGUUAAUACUAUAUAGCCAUAUACCCAUAUAAAUAACUAUCUCUUGUAGUUUUUAAAUGGUUGUAGCUCAUAUAUGUAAGUGCCGUAUAUGUAAUUUAUAUCGCAACUUGUAGGAUAGUUAAUAAAAAAUAAUCAUAAUUGAUUA